UCCAAUGCGAAAUAACCUCAAUUCGAUAUUUGUCAGACGAGAGCGCUCGUGAGUUUUUCUGCAAUUUUGGAGAAGUUUUUAAUCCAAUUGAGAUGUUUACCGUACGAAUCGUAUCGCGGCGGUUGCAAGGCACGCACCGGCAAUUAUCACGAUGCACAAUUUUAAACUCUACAGCUACAGCCGCACCUGCCACCUCAGAAAAAUUAACCACACCACCCCCGGAAAGUGCCGAAAGACCAGCUAACCCAAAACUAGUUAAUAUUGUUAACGAAAUCGCGACAUUAAACCUACUCGAAGUAUCGGAGCUUAGUACACUGCUUAAAAAGAAACUAAAUCUUCCCGAGACAGCAUUCAUGCCGGCAUCGUUUGCUGCAGGCCCCGCUAGACCCGCAGCCGAAGAGGAGGAGGAGGCGGCUCCAAAGAAAGUGCAAACUUCGUUCAAAGUCAAAUUAGUGAAAUUUGACGACAAACAGAAGGUUGCAUUGAUAAAGGAAGUGAAAAAUCUUCUGGAGGGCAUGAACCUGGUGCAAGCAAAGAAAUUCGUCGAAAGCGCACCGACGAUAGUUAAGGAAGAUAUUCCUAAGGAUGAGGCGGAAAAACUGAAGGAGGCGCUUUCGAAAGUGGGAGCUGAAAUAGAAAUCGAGUAGAUUUUGUGAAUUUUUGAUUUACGCAUAGAUUGUAGGUGUUAUACGAAAAUACAAACGUUCUAAUAAAAACA